GGGCAUUGGGAGCGUGGUGGGGCCACAGGGGGGGACAGGGCUAUGUGGUGGUGGGGACAGGAGGGACAAGGGGACAUGGGGCACGUAGGGGUAGGAAGAUGUGAGGACAGCGGGACAUGGGGGUAGGGUGGUAGGGACAUUUGGUGUCCAGCCCUGAUCUGUCCCUGCAUGUCCCCACAUCCACGUGUGUCCCCGUGCCCCCACGUGUGUCCCCGUGCCCCCACGUGUGUCCCCGUGCCCCUGUGUGUGUCCCCGUGCGUGUCCCCCGGGUGUCUGCGUCCCUUCGUUCCCCCAUGCCCACGAGCACAUCGCCAUGUCCCUGCGCACCUCCCCACGCACGUCCCCACGUCCCCCGUGCCCGUCACCGUGUCCCCUGCCCUGCACAGGCCGGGUGCCGGGCUGGGCACUGCAGGGGGCUCUGGGGGUGAAGGGGUCGCUGCUGCGAGCCCCCCGGGGCUGCGGGGAGCAGUCGCUGAUGGUGCUGGCCCCCGCCGCGGCCACUCUGCGCUACCUGGACGAGAGCGAGGGGUGGGCGCAGCUGCCCCCCGGGCCCCGCCGGGGGGGCCCCAGCAUGUCCCCCACAGGCUUCGAGCGGGUGCAGAGCUUCCGCAAGAGCGACGGCUCCUACGGGGCCUGGCUGCACCGGGGCAGCAGCACCUGGCUGACGGCGCUGGUGCUGCGCGUGAUGGCCCUGUCCCGUCCCUACCUGCCGGUGGACGCCGAUGGCCCCAGCGCGUCCCUGCGGUGGCUGCGGGGACAGCAGCGGCCGGACGGCGCCUUCGUGGAGCACCAGCCCGUGAUACACCGCGAGAUGCAGGUGGGUGGCCGCCGGCUGGCUCGUGUCCCCCUGCCACGUCCCUGG